AUGUCCCUUUUCCACGCCUCUACCCCUCUCCUAAUCAACCUCCGCACAACCCUCUACUACCGCCUCCCAACCCCCGACCCCCCGCCGCUAGCUACCUACGACACCGCCUCCCUCCGACUCGACGACGGCACAACCCUCUACAGCCACCCUCUCUCCCCCAUAACCUUCGCCACUCACGUCCUUCUCCCCGACACCAGCUCCAUCUCCUACCCACCUUCCAGCACCGACAUACUCACCGGCCGACCAUCCCAAUCAACUUCGCCUAACUCGCCGUUGGCCACAGCACCCGUUUCUUCGCCGCCUGUGGAAAUAGCAACAUCAACAUCAACAUCACCACCAACGUCAACACCCCCCGAUUUCUUCCUCCGCUCCAUCGAUAAUGCCUGUCUUGUGCGCAUCCGUGACAUGGUCCACUACACACCCUACCAUUUCAACCGUGAGAUCGACUACCACGCAGAACGGGGCUUCAUCUGGGACGGCGUAGCCAUGACCACUACUACCAGCAGCAGCACCAGCGACAACACUCUCGAUGCCACCAGCACGACCAAAAGCAGCACCCCAACCGCAACCACCCACUCCCACACCCCCGCCACAGACGGCCGCUACCUCUCCAUGACAGGCCUCACAUCCAACGAGCUAGUCCAACAAGUCGACAUGAUCCGCGCGCGGGGCCACCGGGAUUGGGUGAGGGUGGACAUGCGGGUGGAGAUUGAGCCUAGCCCGGAAUUACGGGAGAGGACGGAGGUGUUGGCUCGGUUUUUUGGGGAAGGGGGUAAUACUGAGGAGGACAGUGAAUGUAGUGAGUAUAGCGAGGAUAGUGAGGGUGGGGAUGGGUCUGAUGGUUUGGAGGAGCGUGGGAGUGAGUUUGAGGGUGGACCUGAAAGUGAGUUAGAGAGGGAAGGGGAGAGCGAAGUUGGGAGUGAACUUGAGAUGGAGAGCGAGACGGAGGAUGGAGAGGUAGGGUUCGGGGCUGUGCAGGAGGGGCAGGACGGGUACGAGACUGAAAUUGAGGAGGAUAUGAUGGACGACGCUGGGGAAGACACGGAGAGAAUGGAAGACGAGGAGUAG